AUGUCGACAAGACCUGGACCUGUUGAUGAGGACUCUUCCUCUUGUCUGUCGGGUGAGGGUGAGGGAGCAGUCAGCCAAGAAGACUACGUCAAGUUGCGGAAUAUGAUUAACAAACAGAUUAUUGACCCACUGCAAGAGGCUGAUCAUCAUCAUCAACAAGGGUCUUCACAAGGCAGCGCUCGUCCGACGGCCGUCACGUACAAAAACUUGAUAUCGUUGUUGCUGCCCUCGGCGCAGGAAUACCACACCUUGAAGAAACGCAAGCAACUGCAGCGGGAUGGGGAGGAGGCAGAGUGGACGGUGAUCGACCGUCUCGCCAGCGGCGGCGGCCAGCAAUAG